AUGUCGUUUUUCUUAUGUCACUUGAUUACAUAUGAAGACUCUCUGUGCCCCCGACUGCAGAUCGAGGUCUUGCAGAGCCCUUGCGCCGAAUACCUAGCAGAGCACAUAACUGCCGCAAAUAUUGGAGAGAUUUGCCACGUGGUCCAGCUCACUCCUUUGAUUGAUGAGACGUUCGACAAGACGAGUGAUCGAUUAUUACCGGCUGAGCGUCGUCUAGCUCAGUCAGUUUUCGCUUACAUCAAGGAAAACGCGGAUACCAUAGCUUGUUCACUCUCUGGACAGCUUGGUGCGCGCCUGAUUGUGAACCUAACUGUGGAGUGUAGUGGAUCUUGUAUUUCUGCCAGUGAGGGUGAGAAUCUUCCACAGGUGGACAGUCAGUUAGCAUUUGCAGUCCUCCUUUGGGCUCAUGAGCGUGCUGUUUCCGGUGAACGUUUGGCUCGUACUGGCAGCGAAGAAAAUGUGCAGCCAGAUGACGAAGAGAGUGACAGUGGUGGAAGUGCUUCCGGAUCCACCGCCUAUGGGCCAAAACCCAAGCGUCCCGGGGAACCGUCCGGUUUCUUCGAACGUAUGCAUGUACUCAGUGGUGUAUCAGCAAACUCAGCUAACCUGAAUAAGGAUCACAAUCUGUCAUCUGUUCUUAUUCGAAAUGAAGCUCCAAACGAAAUGCAUUUACCAGAACCAUCCAAAUAUCCGCUGGAUACGCCGGAUGUCCGAAUCACUCUGGACGUUGAUGAGCUGCCCAGCGUGGAGGCUUGGCGUUCGGGACUUGCUACAUUUGGUGAUUCGAAGACCUGCCACAAUGGCGGACUUAAGAAGCAAGCGCACCUCCUCCAGUGUCCGCCUAACGCAUAUCCAGAAUCGGAGACUUGUCUCUUGGCCCCUACUUCCCUUGGCGUCAAAGCAACGUCAAUUUGGUUGGGCAAAUUGGUCGGUUAUUUGGUUAGUUUGUCUAUCAAAUUGUACCGCCCCAACUCCGCUGUCUCCACACCAAGCUCAUCGAGGUCCAGUGUACGCCAUCAGUUUAGUGAACGUCGCCGUGCCGACUACGCUACUCGUCCCACAGGCAUUUCUCCAAGCGAUUCUGUGAACACAUUCAGUUCAUCAGACGAGAAUCAAUCGGUUCGUUCCAUGGGACCGUCUUUUGAUUUGAAUGACGAGGAUGAACUCCUUCUGCUUGGUGGUUUCAACGGUCAGGAUACUCUGAACAGUGUAUGGGUAUUUGAUUCGAAGGCCUGGCGAUGGAGACAUGGACUAGGCAUAUCAAUCGCAAGGGCCAGUUUCUGUACUAUACCAUAUCCAAAUCGUCCUUACGCAGUUGUUUACGGUGGGUUUAACGCAACGGCUUCUCUUGGCGGUUUCCUGAAUUCUGUUGAACUUAUUUUGACUAAUGAAUUUUCUUCCGACUCGACUGACCAGUUUCAUUAUUGUGGAUGAUGUAUGCACCAUGCUACCGCACCCCUAGAUCUCCCCUCACUACCCACUCAGAUCCGGUUUUUUCUUCCGUACCACCUUUUCAUCUUCAUCGCAUCUUUUUCUUCUACCUCUUCCAACAUGUCCACCAGUCGAGUAGGAACGUCAGGUACAGUUCCACUCAGUUUUAUCAAAGCUCUCAGUGUAUCAGUGUUUUAGCUUCUGUCUACCUUGAUACACCUUGCACACCUCUUGACUCACCAGAUUUCCACCUUUACUUCAGAAUGUCUUUGCUUUGGCCGUCAUUUGUCGCUUAUUGCUGUUCUUAUCUGCGUAAAUUAUUUGUGUCCUUGUACUCCUCUUAUGCUAAUUGCAAUCGCACAUUUGCUUUUCCUCAAAUUUACCUUGUUCCGCCGCUCCACCACUGGAUUAUCACCGUUUUCUCCUACUUUGUCAGCCAAUCCGGUUUCCUCUUGCACAUAUAUUUCUAUAGGAUGGACACUUAUUUCAGCUACCACUGGAUCUUCCGUUGUUGCAGUCUAAUGAAAUGAAGACACGAUGUCAACCGGACCAACAUCCGAGCUUUCGUUGAGCUAACCGAUUUGUGUACACAGUGGGAGUUAUCAAGUGAUUUUAUCAGAGCUAACGGUACUUGUGCAUGGAACAUGUGGACUACAAGCAGACGGUUCAUACUCGAUUUGUGAGUUUGUUUCGGGAUCGUGUUACUCUGGAAGAGGUUUACAUAUUAAUGCAACAAAUAGUGACCGCUAU